AUGAGAAACCCCGCUGAGGCGCCCGCGGCUUAUUCUCUUCUCCUCCAAAAAAAAUGUCGAUUCUGGUCCCAUCUGAGCCCAAUCCUCAAUAAAUCCUCAACAACCGCCGAAGCGCAAGCACCAUCCCCUAUUUUCAGACCAGCCACCCUCGACUAUUGUUUCAACGACUUGGAUUCCGCGCUCAGCUGCUCACAAUUAAGGAGGGUUACUACGGAGAAGGGUGUAUUAUACGAUACGAAGCUAAUAGUUUCAAGUUGGACCCUCGACGGCUUCCCCUUCCAUUCCUCCAAGAAACAAAGUGAUCUCCACAAGCACGGAGCCUCAUUCCUCCAGAGUAUACACAAUUCAAACGGCGUCUACAUAACGCCCAAUUCUAAAGUGUUCCCAACAUACCUCUCGCGACCGAUAUCGAUGUACCCACUAAUCAAGACCGAGAAAGAGACUCCGCGUUUCAACCAUCAAUCGAGACAAGGGCCCUGUGAGCGCAAAGGGCAAGUAGAUGGGUAUGACGGCAGGAACAUGCACGAGAGUAACCCUCAAACUCAAUGGAAACGAUCGUUCUUCUGCUCCAAGUUGAGCCCCAACUUGGUGCUUCCUGCCGAUGGGGAGGACCUUGCCUACAUCGACGGUGGUUAUGAGGCGCGGAAGCGAACGCGGAUGACUCGAUGA